CUCAGACUACACUCACCCGCAAUUCAUCUGUCGCUCUUGGAUUCUCAGUUUCACAAUCCUUUCCGCUAAGUGAAAAGAAGGUUUAUAAGUAAAAUGAGUUCAAAUCGUGACUGGAUGUACAAAAGAUUAACCAAAGGUCUAUAUGAUCAUGAAUUCGUAAGAGGUGUGCAACAAUUUAUUGAGUUUGCUAUGAGUCAUCCAGAAGGAAGGGAUGGAGAGAGACUAAGGUGCCCAUGCAACCGAAAGAAAUGUCAAAAUAGAACUUUGAAAAUGUUCAUACUGUCCAUGGGCAUUUAUUAAGAGAAAGUUUUGUACCGGGAUAUCAUGUAUGGUACUUGCAUGGGGAAAAUGAAGUUGUGAGAAAUAUAGAUCAAGAUGAAAGGAUGCACAACUGGGAUCAUACUAUGAAUAACCUACCAGUGAAUGUUAGUGCAUUUGAUGAUCCUGGACCAACUACAUCAUAUCAUAGAAUGGUUCAUGAGGCUGCUGGUCCCGCAUUUGUUCCAGAUGAUAUGGAAGAAUUACCUAAUCCUAACGCACAAAGAUUUUAUGAUAUGAUUGAUUUUGCAAAUCAAGAAGUGUGGCUUGGUUUUGAAACACACUCAAAAUUAUCAGCUGUUGCUCGUUUGUUGCAUAUCAAGGCUGAACACCACCUCUCUGAAAAAUGUUUUGAUGAUAUUUGUCAAUAUGUGAAUGAGAUGAUUCCGCUUGAUAAUGUGAUGCCAAAAAAUUUCUAUAAAACUAAAAAGUUAAUGAGGGAAAUGAACAUGCCAGUUGAAAAAAUUCAUACUUGUGUCAAUGCCUGCAUGAUUUACUGGGGAGAGGAUAGUGAACUUGUAAAUUGCAAGUUUUUUAGUCAUCCCAGGUACAAACCUACAAGUCAAAGAUCUGCUUCGAAGAAAAAUCUCGUACAAUUCAAACAGAUGUAUUACUUUCCCCUUACUCCACGGCUGCAACGACUGUAUACUUCCAAAGCAACUGCUUCACACAUGCGAUAGCAUGCUGAACAUGAAGUUGAGGAAGGUGUGAUGCGUCACUGUUCAGAUGCACCUGCAUGGAAGCAUUUUGAUAAGAUGCAUCCAUCUUUUUCAGAGGAAAGUCGUAAUGUUAGAUUGGGGCUAUCCACAAAUGGGUUUCAACCAUUUGGACAAACGGGAAAACAAUAUUUAUCUUGGCCAAUAAUUGUGACACCAUACAACUUGCCUCCUUGGAUGUGUAUGAAAGAGCCUUAUUUAUUUUUGUUAGUUAUAAUUCCUGGGCCAAACAAUUUUUGAUUGCUGAAUUGAAGAAUCUGUGGAAUAUAGGUGUCAACACAUAUGAUAUCUCUAAGAAGCAAAAUUUUAAAAUGCGAGCUGCUUUGAUGUGGACAAUCAGUGACUUUCCUGCAUAUUCGAUGUUGUCCGGAUGGAGUACUGCAGGCAGGCUAGCAUGUCCAUAUUGUAUGGAGAAUUCUGAUGCUUUACUUUGAUAAAAGGUGGUAAGCAGUCCUGGUUUGACAACCACCAUAAGUUUCUGCCACUGAAUCAUCCAUGUAGAAAGGAUAAGAGCUCAUUUAGAAAGAACAGAGUAGUAACCAUGCAGCCUACCCCAUUACGUUCAGGUGAAGAUGUCUUAAAAGAGAUAGAAGAACUGGGACUUAAAAAGGUAACCGAACUUGGAGCUGAUAUUAUUAAUCGUCGGAUUGGUAAGUUUUCUGGUUGGAAGAAGAGAAGCAUAUUCUGGGAUUUGCCAUAUUGGAGUACCAAUCUCAUUCAGCAUAAUCUAGAUGUAAUGCACAUUGAGAAGAACUUCUUUGAAAAUGUGUUCAACACAGUGCUAGAUGUAGAUGGUCAAACAAAAGAUAACCCCAAAUCUAGAGAAGACUUGAAUGAGUUCUGUCGACGCCCUGAAUUACAUGUUGUUGAUGGAAAAUACCCGAAAGCUAUUUACACACUAAACGAAGAGUCAAAAAUAUUAUUGUGUGAAUGGGUGAAAAAUCUAAAAUUUCCUGAUGGAUAUGUCUCAAAUAUGGGAAGGUGUGUAGACAUGAAAAAACACAAGUUAUUUGGUAUGAAAAAUCACGACUGUCAUGUAUUCAUGGAAAGAUUGGUACCUGUUACAUUCCGUGAGCUAUUACCAAAAAAGGUGUGGGAAGCACUUACUGAGAUGAGCCUUUUCUUUAGGGAUGUCACUUCUACAGUAAUUCGUGAAGAGGAUAUGGUAAGACCUCAACAAAAAAUACCUGAAAUACUUUGUAAAUUAGAGCGUGUAUUCCCUCCUAGGUUCUUUGAUUCAAUGGAGCAUCUCCCUGUGCAUCUUGCUUAUGAAGCAAGGCUAGCUGGUCCGGUUCAAUAUCAAUAUCGAUGGAUGUAUCCAUUUGAGAGAAAUCUCCAAAAAUAUAAAUAUAAUGUUCGAAAUAAAGCACACGUUGAAGGAUACAUAUGCAAUGCGCACAUAGUUGAGGAAGCUUCGUCAUUUUGUUCACACUACUUCGAGCCUCAUGUUUACACAAGGCAUAGAAAAGUGCCACGGAAUGAUGAUGGUGGUAUAGGUGAACAAAAUGGAUAUGAUGGUAAUAUUUCUAUAUUCACCUAUCUAGGUUGAGGAUUUGGAAAAUUAAAACGGAGAUAUCUAACCGAAGAAGAACUUAAAGCAGAUCAUAAUUAUAUUUUACUAAAUUGCAGAGAAGUGCAGCCACACGUGGAGUAAGAUUUCAAGCUUUUGUUUUCAUUUAUACAUUGAAAUUAUCAAAAAAAAAACUUUUAUAUGUGAUCCAAAGGAAUUUUAUUGACUCCCUUCAUCAAAAUUUUCCACGAAUUACGGAGCCGGAAGUGGACAGGAAACUUGAUGAAGAUUUUGCAUAAUGGUUCACAAGAUAUGUGUGCACUUGUACAAUAUGUUUCCAUGUGUACUUACUUCACUUAUAAGAAACUCUAAUUUUUUAAAAUUUAAUAGGCCCGAGUCCACAUAGAUAAUCAGUUCAUCAAAGCGCUUGCAGAAGGUCCACGUCGAUCAGCGAAGCCAUACACUGGUUAUAAUGUCAAUGGCUUUAAAUUUCACAAUAAAGGUCGCAGUUUUUCUAGAGCAUCUAAUAACAAGUGGCGUUUGCAUAAAAGGAACCAAUUAUAGUGCAGAUGACAAUGACUACUAUGGUGUGCUUACUGAAAUUCUUGUAUUGGAGUACAAGGGCAGUACACCGAUCAAAAGAAUUGUUUUCUUUAGAUGUGAAUGGUUUGACCCAACACCAAACGUAGGAAUGAAGAUUCAACCGCAAUAUAAACUUGUGGAUAUCAACCAUAGAAGGAAAUUGAAGAAGUAUGAACCAUUUGUUUUGGCAAUGCAAGCAGCUCAAGUGUAUUAUGCUACUUAUCCUAGCUUACGACGUGAUAAGAGUGAUUGGUGGGCUGUGUGCAAAAAAAAAAGCUCAGGGUAUUAUGGAUAUGCCUCCGUCAUCUUUAUUGUCCCCUCUAGUAAAUGUUGCAGAGCCAUUCCAAUGUGACGAAGAUGGUUUAAGAUUUGAUGUGGUGUCUGACAAUGAAACUGUUGUCCAGAAUGAUCCAAAUGGCGAAUUCAUAAACUUAAGAGACGAGGAUAAUGAUUUAGAUGAUGAGACAUAACUUCAUGAUGAAUCAGAAUCAAAAUCAGAUGAAAAUGAGAAUGAAGAGGCAUACGGUGAAAGUGGCAGUGAAUAGAGUCAAAGAGCUCCAAUCUCUUCAAAAUAAGAGUUAGAGUGACUAAAACGUAGUAUAUAAGUUGAUUUUAUUGCAAUCAGAUUUUAUAUUUCUUGCUGACAAAGUUUUGAAAUUUAGAUGUCACUGAUUUAUGUUUCUCUUUUAUCGGUAUACUUAUUUUGUUUUAAUAGUUCUCCAGGUUGUUUGUUUUGAACAACUAUCCCUCACUCUCAUUUUGUGAUACGAAGUAGACUAUUCUAGAUCUAUGUUUUAAAUAGUGAUGGAAAAUUUUUAUUCCUUGAAGUGUUUAUAUUUUUAUCUGUUGUCUAGAUUAACAAGUUUUUCUUUUUUUACUUUUCAGAAGCAUCUUGUUCUUGAAGUGAUAUAUCAACUAAUUACCUAUUCUUGUUAUAAUUAGAUCAAACCAUGAUUCAAUCAUUAUGUUCUUAUUUGAUCCACAUGUAAUCUUGAAAUUGCAGAUAUGGCACCUAGGGGAGGUGGACGAAGCAGAUAUUCUGGAAAAGGGAUAGCAGAUCCCGUGACAUCUCCUCUAAUUUCGAGUUCCACACCUGAUCAAGCACCAUCAUUGCCUGAACUGUCGAUACCAGUUACGCCAAAUUCAGUUGCAGUCAACGUAUCAGUACCAUCUUUAUCUGUGGGGAUCGAAACACCUAGAAAUAACAUUGUAUCCAAGCUUCGUCAAAUACAACUGAUGGUACCCGCAUCCUAAUUGAAAUCGUCCUAGGACGGGAUUCCAUCUCAAAAAUACUACUUCUUCUUACCACUCCAUUGAACUAACCUCGAGUUCAAAUCAAGAAGGUACUUGUGCAUAAUGCAUUCUUCCAUGUUAUCAACACGACACUCAAGCCUAUCACUAUAACUACUUCAUGGACUUCAAGAGACGGGUACUAGAGAUCAUCAACAGGCGCACCAUUGAGGAUCUAUUUGCGUCAAGCUAGUUGAUGAGUCCUCCCUGUUUUCGGAGGAUACCGCAGUUAUCUUUUCAACUUUGGGUUGUUUUCCUUAUUUUGAUUUGUGGUAGCCAUGAACUUGUCAUUGGCACCUCUUGGAUUGUUGAUAGAGGCUUCAUAGACUAUAGUGUAGAUGAUGUUGAUUUGUUCGUUUUGACUAGUUUCAUUCUUACUAGUUGUUAAAUUGGAUAUGUGGUUGGCCUUUGACCUUAUUUAUGAAUAGAAUCCUUGUGA